CUUUAAUGAUCAUCAUUCAACAAAGGUGGGAGUGAGACCUCUUGUGAGCCAUCUUUGACCAAUCUACUGCACUGGUGAAACUGGGUUGCAGCGAUAUGAGCAUCACUUCUAAUGCCACUUUGGACAGUCAGCUAAUCACUAACCAUUGGUCUUCAACCAACUAUUUUCAUCCUGAUGUAAUGAUGUCUGGGUACACCGGUAGUCGCCUGUGGCCUCAUGACUCACAGCCACAGUUCUGGAGUAAAUAUCAAGUGUGGGAGUGGCUGCAGCAGGUCAUGGACAUAAACCAAAUUGAUGCCUCCAACAUCCCCUUUCAAAACUUUGACAUGGAUGGCCACCAGCUCUGCAACCUAACCUACCAGGACUUUGUCCAUGCUGCAGGAAGCCUGGGUCCCAUGCUCUUCCACAGCAUAACGCAGCUUAAGUGGACGGAAUAUCAUGUGGAUAUUGGUCAACUGGAGCUAAGACCAGAAUUAGACAUUUCCUGUCCAUUUUCAGAAGUCAGCUAUCCACAAACAGAAGUCUAUGACUCAUCGAUUCACUCUCAUGUUCCAGCUGUUUCGCCUACCCCUUCCAGCCCCGAAAUCAAAAUGUCCUACAGUCGUCAACAUCAGCUCAAAAAACACAAUCCGAGGGGGACCCAUUUGUGGGAAUUCAUCAGAGACAUUCUACUGCAUCCUGAAAGCAACCCAGGACUGAUCAAAUGGGAGGACAGGGCAGAAGGAGUAUUUCGCUUCCUUAAAUCUGAAGAAGUGGCACAGUUGUGGGGCAAGAAGAAGAACAACAGCAGCAUGACCUAUGAAAAGCUGAGUCGGGCAAUGAGAUAUUACUACAAAAGAGAAAUCCUAGAACGAGUAGACGGACGCAGACUGGUGUACAAAUUUGGUAGGAACGCCAAAGGAUGGAAAGAGUCUGAGAAAUAAGAUUUUCAUUCUUUUUUUUAUAGACUUGAACAAGGUAUGAUUUUCAUUGAUAACAUGGGUUAUGUUGGGAUCUAUCUGAAACUCUAUGACAUUGAACUUUUGCAGAAACUGCAGUGGAAGUUGUUUACGUGAGUAAAUUAACAGACGUUGCAUAUAAAAGACAUAAUGUUGUCUAAUGAUGGAUCAAGUUGUCCAAAAUGAAGACAUGUUGAUACAAGUCAUAUGGCUAAAAGUACACAUAAGACCACUCACUCUAGAUGUAUGGAGUGAGAAUCAGUUUUUCAAAA